AUGGAGAAGAGUGUUGGAGAAGAAUGUAAAAAGGGGUUGUCAGCCAAUGGAAUGUUUGAGCUGAGUGAGGCAAGAAAGAUGUGGCCUCUAAAAAGGACAAGAGAAGAGAGAUUGGAAGAAGCAAAGUUAUGCAGGGUCCUGAAGGUUUUGAAAGGUCUCACUCUGAAAAUUGACUGUGGACAAACGGUGGCAUUGGUUGGCAGCGGUGGAUGUGGUAAGAGCAUAAUGGUCCAGCUGCUUCACAGGUUUUAUGAUCCACAGGAAGGAGUGGUGACUAUACAAUGGACGGACAUAAAGUCCCGUAAUCUGAGACAUUACCGAGAAUUCAUUGGUGUGGUCAGUCAGGAACCUGUUCUGUUUGGGACAACAAUUAGAAACAAUAUAAGAUAUGGUCGAGAGGAUGUAACUGAUGAAGAAAUUGAGAAUGCAGCAAAAGAAGCAAAUGCUUAUGAUUUUAUCAUGGAGUUUCCUGAUGUAAGUAAUACCCUUGUAGGAGAAAGAGGAGCCCAGAUGAGUGGUGGGCAGAAGCAGAGAAUAGCCAUAGCUCGAGCUUUGGUGCGCAACCCUAAAAUUCUCUUGUUAGAUGAGGCCACAUCCACCCUGGAUACAGAAAGUGAGUCAGUAGUCCAAGCUGCACUGGAAAAGGCCAGCAAAGGUCGAACCACUCUUGUAAUAGCUCAUCGGCUUUCCCCCAUUCGGACUGCAAAUGUAAUAGUGGCCAUAGCUGAUGGUGCUGUGGCUGAAGUAGGAACACAUUCAGAGCUGAUGGAGAAAAGGGGGUUAUAUUAUUCACUUGCAGCAGCACAGGUACCUUACAAAGAUACUAAAGUUUUGCUGUGA